CAGAAAGAAGUGAGGAAGUACUUAAUUAUGGGAACGUGAUGAACAUAUUUAAUGUCACUGAACUGCACAUGUGAAGAUUGUUGAAAUGACAAAUGUUUUGUUACACAUAUCUAGUAUAAUUAAAAAACGUAUUUAAAAAAGAAAUGUAUGGGAACAUGUUUAAAUAGGUAGAGAAGCCAACUGAAUCAAAUCUAGAACAACUUAAGCAUCAAAAUAAUGACAGUAAUAGAUAAUUACCCAUUUAAUAACAAUAAAAAAAAAGCCCAUACUAAUAGGUAAGUAGCCAGGUAAAUAGAUGGAUGACGGAUGGAUGUUGGUUGGAUGAUGGAUGGACGGAUGGAUGAAUAGAAAUGGAUAGAUGAUAGGACAGAUAGAGACAGACGCAUAAUAGAUAGAUGAAGUCUUUUCUCAUAGUGUAAUUGCCAAACUAAAAGAAAAAAAAAGAUAGAGUCAGAAAAUUUUGUAACCAUUAGUACCAGCAAUUGAAUUAAGCAAGAAAAUCUAAAGAUACUAAAACUCAUGGCAGAAAGUUUUAUGAGGAACAAGGAAUUUAUAUAGCAAUUUUAACGGGUGUCCCCAGAAAUUUCACUAAGGAAAAAUAAAAAUUUUAUAUUGGAACUGUUACUUUAACCAAUCGAUCCAAGUUGGCAUCAACAGUAAUGAGACAAAUUAAGAUCAUGCAUCUAUUAAUGGAAUGUGCUGAGGAGGAUACUGAUUUUUUUUUUCCCGCAGAAAAUGUAUUAUCUGAAUCAAAACAUGAAACAACAUUGGACAAUCUCAAUAUGAAGGACAUUCAACAAAAGAACCGCUCUAUACUCAUCAAAAAUAUCAAUACAAUGAAAGGCAAAGAAAAACUGAGUAAUCAUUCCACAUAAAACAUGAUUAAAGGUACUCUUAUAUUGGGUCCUAGACUAGGGAGGUUGGUAGGAGAAUACUGUAGGUUAGAAAAGAGAAUCACGUAAAUAUUAAAUAUUGAUUUUGACAAUUAUAUUUUGAUUAGGUUAGUGAAUAACACUAUGGGGCAGUUCUACUCUGUCUUGUAGUAUCUCUAUGAGUCAGAACCAACUCCAAGGCACUUAACAAUAGUAACAAGGUUAAUGAAUGUCCUUAUUUGUGGCGGAACAUGAGGAACUUAAGGAUAAAUGGGAAUCAUGCCUACAGCUUACUCUCAAAUAGAUCAGAAAAAAUAAUAAUAUGUAUAUAGAGAAUAAAAGAGAAUGAUACAUAAGAAAAAGAUGUCAGUGUUUGCUGAAUCUGCGUGAAGGUAUAUGGGAGCCCUGUGUAAAAUUCUUGACACUUUUCAGAAAGAUUGAAUUUAUUUCACAAUAAUAAUAUAAACCGAAGGUAAGAAGGGAAAGGCAUUAUGUAGGCAGAAGCAUGCAACCUCUCUGAACUCAUUUUUAGAUAAAUUACUCUAAUUUUCAUUGAUUUCCCAGAUCUGACCUUUCUAUCACACUUCUGUCCUUGACAGAUUGUCGUGAAGGAAUGAGGGGCAACCAAACACGGGUCACAGAAUUUAUCUUGUUGGGACUCCAGCUCCAUGCAGAGAUGGAAGUGUUCCUCUUCUGGAUCUUCUCCCUGUUCUACGCCUUCAGCCUGCUGGCAAAUGGAAUGAUCUUGGGGCUCAUUUGGCUGGACUCCAGACUGCACACCCCCAUGUACUUCUUCCUGUCACACUUGGCUGUCAUUGAUAUCUCCUAUGCUUCCAACAGUGUCCCCAAGAUGCUGGCAAACCUAGGGAAUCAGAAAAAACUCAUAUCCUUUACCCCAUGCAUAAUGCAGACAUUUUUGUAUCUGAAUUUUGCUCACACGGAGUGUCUGAUUUUGGUGGUGAUGUCUUAUGAUAGGUACGUAGCCAUCUGCCACCCCCUCCAGUACACUGUAAUCAUGAGCUGGAGGGUGUGCACUGCCCUGGCCGUUGCUUCCUGGGCAUUUGGGUUUGUCGUGGCCCUAGUACAUGUAAUUCUCCUUCUAAGGCUGCCGUUUUCUGGGCCUCAGGGAGUGAACCACCUCUUCUGUGAAAUCCUAUCAGUUCUCAAGCUGGCCUGUGCUGACACUUGGAUUAAUGAAGUUGUCAUCUUUGCUGCCUGUGUGUUUCUCUUAGUUGGGCCACUUUGCUUAAUGCUGGUUUCUUACACACACAUCCUCUUGGCCAUCUUGAGAAUCCAGUCAGGGGAGGGCCGUAGAAAGGCCUUUUCCACCUGCUCUUCCCACCUCUGUGUGGUUGGGUUCUUCUUUGGCAUAGCCAUGGUGGUUUAUAUGGCCCCAGACUCCAAUCAACGAGAGGAGCAACAGAAAAUCCUGUCCCUGUUUUAUGGGCUCUUCAACCCCUUGCUGAAUCCCCUCAUCUACAGCCUGAGGAACGCUCAGGUGAAGAGCGCCUUCUACAGAGCACUGCAGAAGCAGAGGGCCUAGUGAAAGAGGGCAAAGUGUUGGUUGGGUGAGGAUUUUCCUUUCAAGAGCUGUGGUUUGCAAAAAACUGAGGAAAAUAUCUCAAUUAGACAUUUGAUAUAAAAAUAGCAGUUGUCCAAAUUUUGGCUCUGAAGAUAGGCAAAAUUCAAAGGACAUUUGUAUCCUCUAAGGUUGAAAAGCCAUGUCGGGAGACGGGACUAAAAAAUAAUCUGAAUAUAUCAUCUUUUUAAAAAAACACUGAUAUCCUUUUUCUACAAACUAGAAAUAUUAAUAUGUGGAGAAAAAUAUGUUUGUUUUAAAUGUAAGAAAAUUACAUCAAAAUAUUACUUUGGCUUCUCACUUUGGACAUAUGUGACUUUUUAUCAUCACCUUGUGGUAGAUGGGAAUGGGACAGUCAAAUUAAGACAGAAUUUACAAAGUGCACCUGAAAUUGAAUACAGAUUAUAUCACAGAGUGAUAUGUUUUACCUCACCAAUUGUGAAGCCAAUGAAAUAAAUGACUGAGAAAAUCUAAACUCCUUGAUGGAAUAAUUUAGUAGUAAAGGGAAAAAAAGUUGACGAAACUUUCAUUCUACCAUAAAAUAUAUAAAUAAUUCUAAAAUAAAUUUAAAGCUUUAGUAUUUGGUCAAAUGAAUGAAAUCUAUUUAAAA